UGGUCUCUGUCCUCUCUUUUGUUACUUUCAUUCAUUCCUUCAGUCAAAGAAAACACAAAGGGAAAACCCUAGCUAGCCUCCAUCGCGGCCGAACGGAGUGACCCAUUGCCACCCUCCGUGGCUGUCCGAGGAGUCUCUCUUUGUACUGUCGGCGUUAUCCAAGUCAAAUCCCCUGUUCGAUGUCUUCUUCCUCGCUCGGCGCCCAUCCUCCAUUUGUCGUCCUGUCGCCAUCGUCUCGUCGCCAUUGUCUCGAAGUUCUACACUGAUAAGAAGGUCUCUUUUGUCGGAGCGAUUGGGAAGAUUUCUUCAAUUUAAUACUAGAGUUCUUGGAUGAUGGUAGCAAAGCCUCUGUGGCAUUCUCACAUACACCUCGUUAAGCAAACACUCGCCGCUAUAAUCAAAGACCUUCCCUUACAUGCUCAUCGACCUCCUUCCCCCUCUCCCUCAUGGACAGAAGAUGCUGUUUCACAAGUGAUUCGGUUCAUCCCCUCAUGCUUCUUUAGGUCCCCUCGCUCGAUUGGCUGCCAAACCAGUUUCCGACACCGCACUCCUCUCCGACAGCGCAACCUCAAUGAAGAACAACGAAAGUUCCACCACAACCUCCUUGUGCUUGGCCCUGCUGCACACAGGGACCCCGGCAGGGUGAACCUUGGUCUUCACAAAGCCCUCCAGUUCUUCCGAUGGGUCGAGGCUCGCUUUGGGUUCCACCACACUGAGGUCACGUGUCGCGAGAUGGCAAUUGUGUUGGCCAGAGCAGAUAGAUUCACUGCUCUUUGGGAUUUUUUGAAAGAGAUGUCUGGAAAAGAGAGUUCCAAGCUUGUGACCACCGAGACCGUUACGUGUUUGAUAAAAGUCCUAGGAGAAGUAGGGCUGGCUAAUGAAGCAUUGUUUGCAUUUUAUAGGAUGAGGCAGCUUGACUGCAGACCGGACAUUUAUGCUUACAAUACAUUAAUUAAUGCGCUUUGUAGGGUUGGGAAUUUCAGGAAGGCUAGGUUCUUUCUUGAGCAGAUGGAGUUGCCGGGGUUCCGGUGCCCACCGGAUACAUUUACUUAUACCAUUUUGAUAAGCUCUUAUUGUAGGCACGCUAUACAAACCGGGUGCAAGAAGGCCACAAGGAGGAGGUUGUGGGAAGCGAAUCACCUUUUCCGGCUCAUGCUCUUCAAGGGAUUUGUUCCUGAUGUUGUGACUUACAAUGCCUUAAUAGAUGGUUGCUGCAAGACCUAUCGCAUUGCGAGAGCAUUGGAGUUGUUUGAGGACAUGAAGAAGAAAGGAUGUGUCCCUAAUAGAGUUACUUAUAAUUCUUUAAUAAGAUACUUCAGUGCAGUGAAUGAGAUUGAUAGAGCUAUUGAGAUGUUAAGGGAUAUGCAGAGGUCGAAUCAUGGAGUACCCGGUUCGAGUUCAUACACACCUAUCAUUCAUGCCCUUUGUGAAGUUGGCAAGGUUCUUGAUGCUUGGAAUCUUCUUACUGAGAUGGUUGAUGGAGGGUUAAUACCUAGAGAGUAUACAUAUGCAUUGGUUUGUGAUGCAGUUUGCAAAGCAGGUGAAAGUAGCUUGUUAGAGGAUGAAGUUCAUAAGAAAAUAAAAGAAUGUAUUAGGAAUAGAUACAGGCAAACAAUGAAAUUCAAACCCAUUAUGGUUCGCAAGGGGUAUCCUGAGAUAGAGGGCAUUUGAAUAAUUUGUAAUUACAUUAUUUAUACCAAGGUUUCUUGUUAUUUUUUGUGUGCUAUCAUUGAAAAUUUAUUUCAUAGUUAA